GAUGGCGGGGUGCAACUUUUAUCGAAGAUGGGCGAGCUUUGUGCUGCUCCUCUCCUGCAUCUCGACAUCUACUGCUUGUAUUGUUUCAUCUAUAGGUGGAGGAAGUCUAUUGUACCAGUCAAGAUAUGGCGCUGUAACUUCCGGAAUUAGCCGCCCGGAACCCACAACUAACGACCGACCCACACAAUUCGAACCUAGCCAGAAUUCCUACGGUGACGGGCACGAUAGAUUCGGCCAAGCAACACCCAGCGACUAUUCAGCGGCACAUGGAAUUCAAGAGUUCACUCAAGAGCUAAUUUUAACUUUCCGAAAUUUAGGCAUUAGUGAUAAUGUGGUUUUUUCUCCGAUCAGUGUUGCCAGCCUUUUGUCUCUGCUAACUCUAGGAACGAAAGGAGUUACAUCUCAAGAAAUUGUAAGGGCCUUGGGUUUAUCGAACUCUGAUAACUCUACCGCAUACCACUCUCAGUACGAAUUUAUUUUGCGACGACUCAACUACGAUACAAAUAAUGUCAUCAUAAACACUGUUAGUCGUAUUUUCGUAGAAGAAACCACCCCUGUCAGUGAAACUUUCGUAUCGCAGGCUGGUGAACAUUACAACUGCACCGUAAGCUUCGAAAAUUUCCGUGAACGGCCCGUCCAAACCCAGACUCGCGUCAACCAGUGGGUGGAGGAUGCAACGCAAGGUAAAAUAAAAGACUUCAUCUCGUCUCCUUUUAGCCCAGACACCACAUUUGUAGCAGCCAAUACCAUUUAUUUCAACGGUGCUUGGGAAACUCCUUUUCCAGUAGACUUCACGAUGGAAGGCCAAUUUGACACGGGAGUGAGGAACAUCAGCGUUCCUAUGAUGACCAACGUAUUUGACACCAAACACUAUUAUAGCCGUGAAUUCAACCUCGACAUCACUGCCAUCCCGUGCGUUGGUGGAGAACUUUCAAUGAUAAUCAUCUUGCCCAGAGAAUCUCCGCGAGUCAAGUCUAUCCAGGCACUUGAGAGACAGCUUGACCCCAACGCAAUAAGAGAGCUAAUCUCAAAAAUGAAGAAAACCACGGUCUCCCUCUCUCUUCCUAGAAUGCGUUUGAACAUGAAGACCAACAUGGUUUCCAGCUUGAAACAACUUGGCAUCAACAGCAUAUUCUCCCCCACGACAUCUGAUUUCAGUGGACUGACGAGUAAGAAGCCAAUUUGGAUCAGCGAGUUCCUCCACGAAGCCAUCGUGGAGAUCACCGAAACCGGUACCGUUGCUGCUGCCGCCAGUGGAGCAAUGAUAAACCGCAUGGGAGGACAUAGACGUAUCAACGUCAACAAACCUGCCAUAAUGUUCAUUAAGGACAACGUGACACGUCUGCCUAUCUUCUGGAUGCGGCUUGUUGAACCAGAUAGGGUUGAGUCAUAAACAGGUACCGAUUGGUGUAAUGAAAAUUCUCCAAUGGUUUGCUCUCUGCUUCAUCAAUGCAAAUCAUGUCGAAGUGCAAAAUUUCUGAGUGAGAGUAUUAGAUAAACCCUAACUUAUUUUAUUUGUGUGAGAAUUUACAGAAACAUCAUUCCUGGUACAUCUGCCGAUAGCUAACUUAUUUAAAAGCAUUUAUUGAUCUCUUAGAUCGCCAUAAUUAAGCAUGCGUCGGAUUUUUAUUUUCGCAGGAUCAUUUUUAAGAUUUCUAGACCAAUUUUUUGUACACAGAAAAAUCAUUGGACUGCUGGGAAUCUUGACCAUGAAAUGUUUGCGCGUUUCGUUUAGUUUAUUGCACUAAGAGAAAUGUAUCGAUGGGGUAAAAUGUCAUUCGACAAAAACAAUUUUCACAAUUGAAACUUUAGCUCCAGCUUCAGUUGAAUUUUGCUCUGAAAAAAAUUACAUAGUCAAUUUACUUGAAAAGAACAUUCUUUUCUCUUAAUUUUGAGCUAAGCUGAUAUACGUUUUGCUUAAAUUUAUGUGUUAAAAUAUCAUAAUAAAUAUUUAAAAUACUCAGUUAAUUUACUUAAAAAGAGCAUUCUUUUCUAUAAAUUUGGAGAUAAUUUAAUGUGCCUUUUGGCUAAAAUUCUUAUUAAAAAUAUCAAAAUCGAAAUUAAUAACACAUGGUCAAUUUAUUUUAAAUGAGCGUUCUUUACUCUAAAUUUUGAGCUAAACUAAUGUGCAUUUUGGCUAAAGGUACGAAUUAAAAAAAUUAAAAAUACGUAGUCAAUUUACUUAAACAAGGGCAUUAUAUUCUCUAAAUUUAGAGCUAAAAUAAUGUGCGCUUUGGCUUAAUUUACCUGUUAAAUAUAUUAAAA